AUGAGUUCCCUGAAAGCACGUCUAGCCCUGUUGAAGGCAUUCCUGGUGAAUGUCCCAUUGGUCCUCAAGACCGCUCUCCUCCAUGGCAUUCAGAUGUCCCCCGUGAAGGGGAAACAAGACCUCCGGACCGAGUUGACUGUCGCGAUCAUCCGAUCUUACUUGCGAACCAGGGCCCCGCUGGGCAAAACUCAGCGGGAUGGUAUUCGAGACCCGGGCGUCAAGGGUCCCAUGUGGAUAUCCAAGGUGACCCUGCCCCAGCCCGACAAUGAUGUGCGCGACGCAGUUCUGCAUGCGAUUGAAUCGCUCAAGACAGGCGAUGAGACAUUCGAGAUCCCAGAGGCCAUCCCGGUCGAAGGGGAAUGGACUGGACAUCGCGCCGGAGCGGGGAAGAAUACCCCGGAGCCUGAACUGUCGGAACAAGAGAAGUACUUGAAGCUGCGCGAGGAAUCGCCGUCGGACAUGACGAUUCUGUAUUUCCACGGCGGCGCAUACUUUCUGCUGGACCCCUGCACUCACCGCGUGCCCCUCGCCCAUUUGUCCCGCCUGACUGGCGCCCCGGCCUUCUCCGUCCGCUAUCGCCUGGCGCCUCAGAACCCAUUCCCUGCUGCCCUCGUCGAUGCCCUCACAGCCUACCUGUCCCUCGUCCACCCACCCGAGGGCUCGCUUCACCAACCCGUCCCCGCAAACAAGAUCAUCAUCGCCGGUGACUCUGCAGGCGGAAACCUUUCCCUGUGCCUACUCCAGACACUCUUGACUCUGGACCGGACGAACCGGACCGUUCGCUUUGGUGGCAAGGAUGUCGCCAUUGAGCUGCCGGCGGGUGUAGCUGGCGUUUCGCCAUGGUGCGACAUAACCCGCUCGAUGCCGUCGUGCUCCAACAACGCGUAUCUCGACUACCUCGACCCAUCGCCUCCGCCCUCGGACGAUGUGCCAUUUGCGAAUAUACCGUUUAUUCCAGAUGACAUUUGGCCUGCAUCGCCGCCUCGCGCUGAGAUCUUCUGCAAUUCGACUAUCCUAGGCCACCCGCUGGUGUCUCCGCUCGCUGCUCCGGCUGAAUUAUGGAAGAAUGCGCCACCUGUCAUGAUCUCUGUUGGUGAAGAGGGCCUCGCAGAUGAAGGCUUGAUUGUGGCGCGUCGUCUUCACGAGGCGGGCGUACCGCUGGUAGCAGAACUGUACGAGGGUAUGCCACAUUGCCAUGGCAUGCUUUUUCUGGAAACUCCAGUAAGCACUGCGUUUUUCAAGGGCUUUUCCGAGUUCUGUCGCGAUGCUGUGGCCGGUCGUGUGAAAUCGACCGGGACUCUGACAUGGCGGGGCUUCAAGUUGCAGUCUACUAAGGAAAUACCGAUUGAAAAAGUCUGUGGAGUCAGUGACGAGGAAGUGCGAUCUCUGAUGAAGAAGAGCAUUGAUUGGCGACUGAGGACAGAGAUCGAGAUGCAGAAAGAAUGGCAUGCAAAGGCACGACUCUGA